AAGCAGUGAAAGUUAGAGAGGAUAGUUACAGUGGAGAAAGGAGGAGAAGUCAGAGAGCAUCGGUGAGAAGGAAAACUCACGUUUCUGUUGGACUUUAAGUGAACGUAAUUGGAUGUACACCACAAUGCCCUGGUCUCUCCUGUCCCGUCUGGCUGUAUUGUCCUGCGUAUGGAGUCUGUCCUGUGCUCAGUACGAGUACCAGGUUUACCCUCAGGGUUACCCCGAACCUGUGGAGGAUCAGUACACCAAGCCAGAGAUUCCAGCCGAUGUUCCCAGGAUCCAGCUGCGCCUGGCCGGGGAGAAACGCAAACACAACGAGGGGCGGCUGGAGGUCUUCUACGAAGGGCAAUGGGGAACGGUGUGUGACGACGACUUCAACAUCCACUCUGCUCAGGUGGUGUGCAGGGAGCUGGGAUACGCCGAGGCAGUUUCAUGGGCCCCUUCAGCUAAAUACGGGAAAGGAGAGGGCCGCAUCUGGUUUGAUAACGUCCAAUGCACGGGGAAGGAGAAGACCCUGGCGCAGUGCCAGUCCAACGGCAUCGGCGUGUCGGACUGCAAGCACUCGGAGGACGUAGGGGUGGUCUGCAGUGACAAGAGGAUCCCUGGAUUUCGCUUCCUGAACCAUCUCACCAACAACAUAGAUAGCUUGAACAUCCAGGUGGAGGAUGUGCGCAUUCGGCCGAUCCUGUCGUCCUACCGGAAGCGAAUCCCUGUGACUGAGGGCUACGUGGAGGUGAAGGAUGGAGGGAAAUGGAAGCAGAUCUGCAAUGAAGAGUGGGACCCAAUGAACAGCAGGGUGAUCUGCGGGAUGUUUGGCUUCCCUGGAGAUCAAAGAUACAACACACGAGUCUACAGGAUGUUCGCCCGCAGGAGGACGCCGUCCUACUGGGAAUACUCUGUGAACUGCACUGGAAACGAGGCCCAUUUGUCGAGCUGUAAGCUGGGCCACUCUGUCUCGGCCAAGGGCAACAGCUCCUGCUCUCAGGGCAUCCCCGUGGUGGUCAGCUGCAUUCCUGGCAGGGCUUUUGCUCCUACACACAUGGCCGGCUACAGGAAGGCCUUCAGACAGGAGCAACCCCUGGUCCGUCUGCGGGGUGGAGCCGUGGUGGGCGAGGGCCGUGUGGAGGUCCUAAAGAACGGAGAGUGGGGAACCAUCUGUGAUGAUCAGUGGAACCUUGUUUCAGCAACCGUGGUCUGCAGGGAGCUCGGCUUAGGGACCGCCAAAGAAGCUCUGUCUGGUGGUCAGCUUGGGCAAGGAAUGGGUCCGGUCCACAUGAAUGAGGUGAAGUGCUCCGGGUUUGAGAAGUCCGUGACUGAAUGUCAGUUUAACAUGGAUAAAGAUUCUGAGGGAUGCAGUCAUGAGGAGGAUGCGGGAGUCAGGUGUAACGUUCCCGCCAUGGGCUUCCAGCAGAGGCUGCGUCUGACUGGUGGGCGUAACCCGUUCGAGGGCCGGGUGGAGGUGCUGGUGGAGCGUAAUGGAUCUCUGGUGUGGGGUACGGUGUGCAGUGAAGGGUGGAGCACCAUGGAGGCGAUGGUGGUGUGCAGACAGCUCGGCCUGGGAUUCGCCAGCAACGCUUUCCAGGAGACGUGGUACUGGCCCGGACUGGUGAGUGCUGAUGCAGUAGUGAUGAGCGGGGUUCGCUGUGCUGGGACUGAGAUGACCCUGUCUCACUGUCUGCAUCACGGAGAGCAUCUCAGCUGUCCCAAAGGAGGAGCACGAUACGCCGCCGGGGUCUCCUGCUCUGAGACCGCUCCAGACCUGGUGCUGAACCCGCAGGUGGUGGAGCAGACCACGUACCUGGAGGACCGGCCCAUGUUCAUGCUGCAGUGCGCUUACGAGGAGAACUGCCUGGCCUCCACCUCCAGCUCCACCCCCGCCAACUCCUACCGCCGCCUGCUGCGCUUCUCCUCUCAGAUCCACAACAACGGCCAGUCCGACUUCAGACCCAAAGCCUCCAGAGACUCCUGGGUCUGGCACGACUGCCACAGGCAUUACCACAGCAUGGAGGUCUUCACUCAUUACGACCUGCUGAGCCUAAACGGCACUAAAGUAGCAGAAGGACACAAGGCUAGUUUCUGCCUGGAGGACUCGGAGUGUGAUGAAGGGAUUGAGAAGAGAUACGAGUGUGCCAACUUCGGCGAGCAGGGUAUCACCGUGGGCUGCUGGGACACAUACAGACACGACAUCGACUGCCAGUGGGUGGACAUCACUGAUGUAAAGCCUGGGGAUUACAUGUUUCAGAUCGUCAUUAACCCCAACUACGAGGUGGCUGAGUCUGAUUAUACCAACAAUGUUGUGAAAUGCAGGUGUCGAUAUGAUGGCCAUCGUAUAUGGAUGUACAACUGUCAUAUAGGAGGAUCGGUCAGUGCUGAAACGGAGGAUACGUUCCCUGGCCUCCUGAACAACCAGGUGACCCACAGGUAAAAGAUCUCACCAGAAGAACUAGUGAGACUGCCCCAACCACUACAAAUCCCCAGCAUCACCACACCAGCGUGAGUCAGUUCACUGCCCUGACUGAGAUCAGUUCUGGAUGCCUCAAAUACCCACCCCAACGUGAACGACUGAAGAUACCCCCUAAAACUGCCCCCUAAAGCACCAGUGCUUAAUAUCCUCCUACACCAAUUGGUGCCUGAGUUCCAGCAUUUCCAAGUCCCAAGUGCCUCAUGCUGAGCAGAGACAAAGACCCUUCAGUGCCUUCAGGUACAUCCUGGUAGCGAGAUGAACCCUUCAGAACUUUAUCUGCUGCUAUGUGUGGAGAUGUGAACUCUGAUGCACUUUGUUUUGCCCAAAUGGAACCAACCAACCAAUCAAUCAACCAACCAAACCAAAUGGAGAACACAGAGCAUUGACAGGACUCCCGUAAACUUCAUCUGAAAGGAGCAGCGUGUGGAAUCUCUGUUUCUUGCCUGAGCAGAGCAUUCUGAAUGCUGAAGUAUUAGAAGUACAAGACGUACAAAAUUCGAUGGUAAAAAAUAUUUCAGUAUCUCAUGGUUUCAUUAAUAAUUUGACGAAUGACUGUAGAAAACAUGGACGCCAUUGGUCGUUUUUCUUAUAUUCUAAAGAAUGAAGCCAAAAUAUCUACCAUGUUGUCGAAUUUGUAACUAGAGACUAUGCAGUAGAGAUCAAAGGCAGUGGCAGAAAAACAUAUUAAUUUGGUAAGAGUGUCUCAGACCGCCUUCCUUAAAUUUACAGUUCAGUCUAUAUGGCAUGUAUCGGUAUUAGUCAUUAUCCUGACGUAAAAGUUUUGUAAUUUGACGUCAUGACCAACAUUUAACCUGUAAUUAACGUAUAUUGACGUUGGUGGCCAGCUGGGAGAAAAUAAAUGUGUCGAGACCUUAACCUAGACUAAGAGUACCAAUACUACCACCACGUCAAACAACACUAAUGUUAGCUGGCUGGCUAACAUCUAAUUAGCUCACCUAUUAGCGCAUCUUUUCCCGCUAAAAGCAGACUUGAAACUGGCUAAAACUGUUAAUGUGACCAUACUGCAGCUAGCGAGAAAAAGACUAAACCUUUGUUGGUUUUGCACUUGAGAGAUACUGGGCCCUAUCUUACGCUCUGUGCUCAUUGCUAUCUUACACCCCGCCAACAGUCUAUAUUCAUGUCUUCCUCCAGCGUCAUUUAAAUAGCAACAGUGCUUGUGAUUAUCUUGGGAAUGCUUGAGAAUAUACAUUGAUGGGCAUGGUGGUCUAAAAAAAAACACAGGCGCACCACUGACUGUAUACAUUUUAAACAGAAAUCAACAGUCAGACGUUCAUUGCUAUCCUGGCAGGGAAAUGUCAACAUGGUUGCAUUCCCAUUGUGCAUACACCCCUGCUUGUUUUGUACACAUGAACACGCAGCAGUGCACAAACUCAUAGCGCAUGCCUGUUGAAAGCUAUGUGAGCAGGUCUGUUGAGAAGCGUUGGACAUGUUCAGGUAGCUGCACUGUUAAAAUAGCAAUACACCAAAGUUAGAGCGCACCUGGCUCUUAAAGGGAAUGAUGAGCAAGUGACACGUUUUGUUUAUUUUAUGUUAAGAGCCAAAACACACCAAUGAAUAAUUAAGAGAAUUAGUACUAGUAUGUCUUUUGAGUGCAAGGUGUACUUUUCCCGUUGUUAAGAAAGCAAAGACACACUGACCAUGCUGUCCAUGCUUUCUACAGUCAUUGAUCCGUACUGGUUAGCAUAAAUGCUCUUUGCUAAAUAAAAAAAUCCUAAGGUGGGUUUAAUACAUGUUUUAUUGGUACUUGCAUGUUUUUUUUUCAUAUCCUGUGUUGAAAAUGAUUGAAAAAAUAAUUCAUACCAGUUUCAUUAAGAGUUGCAAGACCUAAAUGGCAUUCAAUCAUUUUCAUUUUAAAAUUUAAGACUGGGCUCAGUUUAGACCUGUCUGUGCAACUGGCUAACUUAGCUAAAUCAGAUAAGUUGUUAUUAGAAGAUUUUCAGGUCUAUUUUUUUAUCUAUGUGUUUAUCUACACAUAUUUCUCUCCUGAAAAAACUUUAUUUGGGUGGGUAAAGCCCCUCCGUUUACUUACAGUAGGCUUAGAUUUCCAAGGUUUUAGCGCUAGUCACCAUUUGCAGUGCUUAGCGCUAGUAAAUGCCACCCGACAGCGCUACACUGAGGAACCUGAGGAACCCUGAGUGUUCCAGUAACCCAAAGGGGUUAGCUAUUAGCUAGCGGUUCUUCCCUUGUAGCUUGUUUUAAAACAGCAAACACACAGAGUACAGUCCGAUAUACUCACCUCUGAAUGGCGAAAAAGUUAGCGCUGCAGUUAGCGGCUAAUGCUAACAGUUACAGGACUUACCAAAUUCACUAUGUAGAGAAUUAGGAAGCCGUUGGAGACACAGCUACAGAAACACAAUUAAAAUAUGUCCUUUUUCUUGGUGAAGCAAAUCAGUACCACAAUUUAGCUCGUAAAUCGAGGUAAUUAUGAACCAAUGAUGCUUCGACACAUGAUCCAAUCAGCUGCCUUUGAAGAAAAGCUUUCCUAGUGCAGUCACAUUUAAAAAAAAUAAUAAAUGUACAGUUUAUAAUCUAGCUAUUUUUCUUCUUAUUCUGUUUCCUCUGCUGUCUGGCAUACUGUCUCCAUUUACCGCUCAUAUAGCCCUCCUCUGGGACGCAUUUAAGGUCAUAUCAUGCAUAAAGAAACUGCUAUAACGCUAAUUAGCUUCGAUUAGUAACUUAUUUUAAGUCAGGGAUUUGAACGACAACUGUGCGUAGUUCAUUCUUUUUUUUCUCUUUUGUUUUAUUCGAUUUUUUUGUUGGUGUCUUGUAAUGAUGUCAUAUGUGUUCCAGUGGUGCUAUCGAACAUAAGCCCUCUGUUUUUAGAGGGCACACGUCGUCAUGUGACUGAUUUAUAGUAUGCUUACUUGAAUGGAGUGUAAAAAUCCAUACUGUGCAUUGUUUAAAAUGUUGUUUAGCCAUAAAUAAAUGUAAGCCUUCAGCAACA